GCAUCUUUCUGAUUCAUACACCCAUCCACCGCAUGUAUAUAUUCUCCCCGCAAUUCAACUCCAUUCCAUAUCGAUCUACUGAAAAAAGGGGUUAAUUCGAAUAAUCGAUCUCAUUUUAGGGGAAAAAAUGGCACCCGCCGAUCAGCAGAGGUUCCACGUUCUUGCCGUCGACGACAGCGUCGUCGACCGGAAGCUGAUCGAGAGGCUGGUGAAGGCGGCUUGCUCCGGCGAGGAUGUGACCGUGACGGUGGUGGAUUCCGGGGCGGAAGCGCUGCGGGUGGUGGAGGGAGCGGAGGUGAAUCUGAUCAUCACCGACUACAGCAUGCCCGGAAUGACCGGCUACGAGCUGCUCCGGGAGAUCAAGGGCUGCUCCGCCUUCAAGCACAUCCCUGUGGUGGUGGUCUCGUCGGAGGACGUCCCGUCGAGGAUCCGCAGCUGCCUGUCGGAGGGCGCCGAGGAGUUCUGCCUCAAGCCCGUCCGCCUCUCCGAUGUCCAACCGCAUCUCCUGAACGCCGCCUGCAAAGGAAGGCCGGCGACGAGGAUGACCUCUGCAAUUUGCGGGGCCGUUUGAUUCACCCGAAAUCGUUUGUCUGCUCUGUGGAUUUUAGAUGUGUUUAUAUUGAAUUUCAGAACAAUUUUGUAUCAAAUGUCUUCUGGUCCAAUUCUCUGUGAUUGCCAUGAAAAAAAAUCAGUUUGAAAUUUAAAUGCAUUCUGGAUUGGAGGCUAUAAUUGAUGAAUUUUUGAAUCUUUUUUUACAAUCCCAUUUUGAAAACUAGAAUUUAUAUCCGUGUGUUGUACGAUCAAUAAAUACUCCGUAUAAAAUAGUUAAUGUAUAAUUAAAGGGCAUCUUGCAAA